AUGCUCACCACCCAUGCCCAUUCCCUGCCUCUUUCCGUCCCUCCCAUCCACCAGAAACCCUACGACCCAGCAAAGCUUGUCAACUUGCUGAGCAGCAAGUCUUCCCAAUUGGGGGUCGUGGUCUUCGAGCUGGUGGAUCGGCUGGAUCAGCACUCCCGCCCGGUGAUCCCCAACAGCAACUGCUCGAGGACCAUUCUGCUGCAGCAAUCCGGCGUUGUCAGCCAUGUCCACUCGCUGACUGACCUGUUUAGCCACCGGGCAGAUUCCUUUUCCCUGCCGGCCAUCAGCCGACUGAUGGCGCAAUUUGCGGCCCUCGACCCAGCCUCCCUGGAGUCCAAGAAACUCAUCUACCUCAUUGCCACCGCCAGUGGGGAGCUCACGCCAGCCGCGGAGAAAAUCAUCACCCUUCUUCAAGGUCGACCGAUUUUGUUGCUGACCGGUGGCUCUCGUGGCUUCAUGCACUUGACGCAGGGCGGUCCCCCGCCCGUGGCCAUGGCCUCGGCUGGCUCGAACCCCGGCGGGCUUGAGCCCCCGCCCACCUUUCGGACUUCCGUCCUGCAGAAGGGAGCCCCCGCCAGCCGGUCCGGGCCCGGCCAUCCCCCGGAGGAUAUGACGCAUACUCAGCACACGGCCAGUGCCCAUCGGCAGCAUCUGUCCCGGGGUGAGGACGCCCCUCGUGCCUUGGCUGCCGGUGGUGAGAAGCGCCUCCGCAGCACCAUCCUGGCACCGGAACCUGUGCGCUUCUUCCACCAACCGGAAUCCAUGUCGCCCAGCAGGCCGGCCGGUCCCCGGGGCUCGGCCCUCUACCCUUCCUCCUCAGACUUCGCAUCGCGCCCGGCGGCCGCCUCCGUCUCCGGGUCCUCCACCGGGGCCCCGGGUCCAUACUACUCGAGCGCUCGGACCCAGGCCAAUUUGAAUCUCUUCCUCCAGCCGGUGGCCGAUUCUCGGGAGUUGGUCCGCCGGCCGGCUGGGCCACCUCCCGGGGCUCAGCCCACGCCCUCGGUCUCGGCUCCGGCCCUGGCCCCGGCGCCCAUCUCGACCGCGGCCCAGGCUUCGGCCUCCUCCUCGGCGACUGCUCCCCCCAUCACUCCCGGCCGUCUGCGUCGGAGCAACUCCAUGGAUGCGGUCAAGCGCGCGGACCAGAAGAAUUAUGCGCCCACCCCGGUGUAUGCGCCCUCUCGCGGCUCCUACAGCCAGGAUAUCGAUCUGGCCCGGGGCAUGGUUGGCUUGCGGAACAUCGGCAACUCCUGCUACAUGAACAGCGUCAUCCAGUGCCUGUCCGCUUCGCUGAAGAUCUCGCGUCCCUUCUUUGAUAAGCGCUCCUUCGAGCAAUAUCUCAACCCCAGCACCAUCCUCGGGUCCAAGCGCAACAUCGUUACCCGUGCAUUUGCGGUCCUGAUUUCCGAGCUCUGGACUGGCCGCAGCUCCGGGGCCGUUUGCCCGCAGAGCUUCAAGGAUGUCUUCGAUCGGCAUUGCGACCUGUUCGAGGGGCACGAUCAGCAUGACGCCCAGGAGUUUUUGAGCUUCCUGCUUGAUGUGCUGCAUGAGGACAUGAAUCGGCCGGAGGACUUGCGGCUUCCGCGCCUGACCGCCAGUGGCACUUCGGCCCCGGAUGGAACAGCCCCCAGUGCCACCCUGACCCAAUCUUGGGUAAACCACCUUCGUCGGAACUACUCGCCGAUCGUGUCCAACUUUCACGGCCUGCAACAGUCGCAACUGUCGUGCCAUUCAUGCGGCAUGACCUCCACCACAUACACCCCCUUCCAGUCGCUGUCGUUGCCGAUCCCCCCUCCGCGGAGUUCCCGGGAGCCUGUCUCCCUGGACGAUUGCCUGAAUGAGUUUCUUCGGCCGGAGGUUCUUUCGGACACCGAACUUUGGAACUGCCCAAAUUGCAAGCGCCCUCGGCGUGCAUCCAAGAAGCUGGACCUUGUUCAUCAGUUCUCCGCUCCGGGGACACAACCCUCCAUCGAGCAGCCACAGCUGCCCAAGUAUCUGUGCAUCCAGUUGAAUCGCUUUUCCUCGGGAAACUCGAUCUGGCGCCAGAAGCUGUCGCAGCUGGUUGCCUUUGCUGUCAAUGGCUGGGACAUUUCCAAGUAUCUUCCCCCCUCGGCGAACCAGCACCCCCUGGUUUAUGACCUCUAUGCCACGAUCAACCACUACGGCACCUCCAGCUCCGGCCAUUACAUUGCCCAUACACGCCAUCCCUUCACCGGACAAUGGCGCAAGUUUGAUGACUCCCGGACCGGCUGGGUCUCCGAAAGCGAACUCGUGGAUCCGAGCGCCUACAUUCUUUUCUUCCAGCGUCGUGACGAAGAGUCAUGA